AGUAACAACUGUCUUUCUUUAACAAAUCGCAAAAAUGGCGACACAGGUCAAGAACACCGACAUGCUUUCUCUUGAUACGAAUACGACUGAACAGGGGGUUUUGUCUGAAGAUAUACCAACCGACAUAAUGGUGCAUGUUGGUGAAGUAAAGUUCCCACUUCACAAGUUUAUGUUGGUAGCGAAGAGCAACUACAUAAGAAGCUUAGUUGUAGAAUCGGGUGUACCUGAUUUGGAGAUGAUAGAUCUAUCUAAUAUCCCUGGAGGAGCUGAGAUCUUUGAGAAAGUAGCAAGGUUUUGCUAUGGCGUCAAUUUUGAAAUCACUGUAAAUAAUGUAGCAGCUCUCCACUGUGCUGCAGAGUACCUCGAAAUGAAUGAUCAUGGCAACCUUGCGAGCCGGACGUAUGCCUUUCUCGCUAAAGUAGCCUUAACGCGGCUAUGUGGCGCCAUUACUGUUUUAAAAUCAUGUGAAGAUCUUCUUCCUAUAGCUGAAAAGCUCAACAUCGUUAAUCAAUGUGUUGAAGUGGCAAGCGCUAAGGCUUGUGACGAAGCAUAUUUUCCCAGUCGUUCACCUCCGAAUUGGUGGACAGAAGAAUUGUCAAUCGUAGGUAUAAACUUCUUUCAAAAAAUCAUCCAUUCGAUGAAAUCACGUGGAGCCAAGGCACUUAUAAUCGCCGGAGCAAUCAUAACCUACGCCAAGCGAACGCUGCCGGAUCUCGUGCGCUACCACUCCGUCGCCGCGGUAAAAUCUCCGAUUUCCGAUCACUCCUCCGUGUCCAGAAUCAAACAACGAAACCUACUAGAGUCAAUCGUCGCUUUAUUCCCUGUCGAAAAUCAACAAGCUGUUUUCUCAAUUAAUUUCCUAUGUUGCCUCCUCCGGACAGCGAUCUUCCUCGAAGCCAAUGCCGAUUGUAAGAAGCAGCUCGAGAAGCGGAUAUCAGUCAUUCUAGAUCAAGCAACCAUCGACGAUCUACUGGACCUGUCAUACACGUUUGACAGAGAGAGGUUGUGUGAUAUGGAGAGUGUAAGGAGGAUCGUGAUAGGAUUCGUGGAGAAGGAGAAGAGUGUGGUGGUAUUUAACUCCGGUGACUUUGGAGAGGCUCCUUCUCCGGCGAUGCUGAGGGUUGCGAAGAUUAUCGACGCGUAUCUCGCUGAAAUCGCCAAGGCUACUGAAUUGAGCAUUUCUAAGUUCAAUGGAAUUGCUAAUUUGAUGCCCAAAAAUGCUCGAGAAGUUGACGAUGAUCUCUACUGCGCCAUUGAUAGAUACCUCAAGACUCAUCCAAAUUUGGACGAAAUCGAACGAGAGAAAGUUUGUAGCACGAUGGAUCCACUUAAACUAUCUACCGAAGCAAGGACACAUGCUUCCCAAAACAAAAGACUUCCAUUACAAAUAGUUUUACACACGGUUUACUAUGACCAAUUACAAAUAAGAAGUGAUAUCGAUGGACAAAGCACACCCGGUGCCCAAAGCAUGAGGUGUCAAGUACAAGCAGAUGUGGCAUUGGCCAAAGAAAAUGAAACCUUAAGAUCUGAAUUAUUAACGAUGAAGAUGUACAUAUCAGAUCUGAAAAAGAAUCAAGUGGAAGCGACAUCUAGUAAAACGAAGAAAAUGAAGAAGCCUACUCUCUUCUCAUCAGUGUCCAAGACUUUGGGAAAAUUAAAUCCUUUUAAAAGUGGAUCAAAAGACACGUCGAAUAUUGACGAUGGAAUAGAUCAUGUAAAGCCUCGUAGGAGAAGAUUUUCUAUGUCGUAGAUGUGAUUUGUGAGGUCAUGUCUUGAUGACACUUCUACAAAAGUGUCCAUUUGGUUUACAUAAAGUCACUUUAGACCAACAUUGUAUUUUGUUUUAUAAACACUUAACUUGGUGUAUAUGUUUUAUUUGGUUG